AUAGUCAGACUGACACAGGGAGAUAAAUCCGCUUUCACCUUUUAUCACACGUCAUUAUCCUUGCCAGUCAGUAGAUCAACCCAUCUGUACCGCAAGAAAAAAAUGAAGUCUGUAAUUUUCUUGGCGCUGGUCUGCACGAGCAUCGUCUCGGCUAAGGAGUUUGUCGCCACGGUACGCCAGAAUUAUGAAAACAACAUCAACGAUCUCUUGGUGGCCCAGAUCCAGAAGGAGUUGUCUGCCAGCUAUCUUUACCAGGCUUAUGCAUCUUACUUCCAAAGAGCCGACGUGAACCUGCCCGGCAUGAAAAAGUUUUUCUCUGAUGCCUCAACCGAAGAGCGGGAACACGCCCAGUCCCUGAUCGACUACAUUAACAAACGUGGAGGUCACGCACAGUACGAGGAGGUCAAUCUGAUGGAAACAUGCAAGACGGUGAGGACCUUCACCAACACAGACACCAGCGGUCUCGUGGACUACGACAAGAGAAGGAUGUGUAUCUGUGGAUUUGUUGCUACUAAACAGAUCAAUGACAACUGCGGACCAAGGGAGGAUUGGAAGGAAGCUCUGAUGGCUUUUGAAGACGCUCUUGCCAUUGAGAGGUUCGUGAACUCUGAACUUCUGGACAUUCACAAGCAGGCUGAUGCCAAGGGAGACGCCCAUUUGACCCACAUUCUGGAGCACGAGUUUCUGGAAGAACAGGUCAGCUCCAUCAACAAGAUCGCCCACGCCAUCACACGACUCCGCAGCUUCGCCCAGGGGGCCGGCAACAACUAUAAGCUUGGAGAAUACAUCUUUGAUCAACACCUUUAGACACAAUCUAAGAUAACAACACGCAAGCAAUAUAUAUAUAUAUAUAUAUAUAUAUAUAUAUAUAUAUAUAUAUAUAUAUAUAUAUAUCUAUAUAUAUAUAUAUAUAUAUAUAUAUAUAUAUUUAUAUAUAUAUAUAUAUAUAUAUAUAUAUAUAUAUAUAUAUAUACAUACAUAUAUAUGUAUAUCAUAUAUAAAAUCAAAGGCUUGUAAAGUGACUAACUUCUACAAAUAAUUUAGACAACGUUUAAAAGAAAUUGGACACUUAUAGGAAUACCAUGAUAUUUUAGGAAAAAGAAUUUUGCAUUAAAGAUUUUUUUAAAAUAUAUAUUAAA